UUCCAGUAUGCGUAUAUCUUCUGAUUGUGUCUGACUUCAUCAUCACAUUGCGUCUUUUUUCGAAAUGGAAAUGAAGUUUUUCAACUUGUUUUUCUGUCGUACGUUCAAAGUUUAACUUUAAUAAACCAUAAGUGAACAAGUGAUCACGUAAGAAAAGUACGAAAUUAAUUUCCGGCUUCUUUUACGUUUCUCGAUCACGUAUACAGCUUCUAACUGCAGUCUAACUCAUUAUUAUUGACUCACUGAAGGUUUAAGGAUGACAAACUACCAACAAACUGGAUCUUCUAAUUUACUUGGGUCAACGUAAUUAUUGAACAGUACAUUAGGCAAGUGUGACGAGUGACUGAAUUAAUUAAAUUUAAUAUACACUAGUGGACGUACAACACUUUUUGGAAAAAAUGAGUUCACAACCAAUCUCAGUCCCGGGAGGAGACAGGUCCCAUCAUCAACCAGAAUCACAGUCUAUUUCCGCUGGUCACACUACAGAAACAUCGAAGACUAUGACUCCUCCACACGUCAGCAGGUCUUUUAACAACCCACCAGCAGAUGAUCGACGACAACGACAAGGCAAUCCUCAAUCGGUCCAACUGUCAAAGCUUCCAUCGUCUGAAUCUCUCACCACUAAUGCUAAUAUCACUUCAGGUGCUCCUCCGCUUUCUCCAGGUUUAUCAGGAAUGGGUGAGAGCAGUCUCAAGAUCGAUAACUCAUCGGAGAAGUCUGUCGACACCAAUAAAUUAACGAGAAAAGAAUCAUAUAAAGCCCAAAGGAAGAAUUAUCGUAUUGAGAAGAAACGUGUUGCAAAUGAACUACUGAAUUCGUUGAAAGAUCCAACGGUGAUCGUUAUGAGUGACUGGCUCAAGGUACGAGGGACACUGAAGAGUUGGACAAAGCUUUGGUGUAUAUUGAAACCUGGGUUACUAUUGCUCUAUAAAAGUCCAAAGAUAAAGAGUAGUCACUGGGUCGGAACAGUUUUAUUAAACACUUGUCAGGUGAUUGAACGUCCAAGUAAAAAGGAUGGAUUUUGUUUUAAAUUAUUUCAUCCCCUUGAACAAUCGAUUUGGGCUCCAAGAGGUCCAGAAAAAGAAGCAAUGAGAGCUGUUGUGCAACCAUUGCCAACGUCUUAUCUAAUAUUCCGAGCACCCUCUCAAGCAGCUGGAAAAUGUUGGUUGGAUGCUUUGGAAUUAUCUCUACGUUGCUCUUCACUUAUCGUUCGAUCGAUGAGUAUCCUGCCACGUUCACCACAACACGAUGCAACUACGACGCAUGAGACUCAAUGGAGUGAAGCUGACUAUGAAAAACACUUUGAUGAUCACGACCUGGACGACAUCAGUCAACCAGAAAACGGAGUGGUUGCCGAUGCAGAGAUCAGCGCCACUGAGACUGAAUCCGAAGGAUCUGGCAAAGAAGAAGAAAACAUUUGCGAGACACCGUACAUAGCUAAUGAGAACGAGUUCCUUGGAACGGCUGGAGAAGUCGUUGCAGAACUCCAAGAAGAGCAAAAAUCUCUCAUCUGGUUUCUUCUGAAACAAGUACGGCCUGGUAUGGAUUUAUCUAAAGUGGUUCUACCCACCUUCAUCCUGGAACCACGAUCAUUCUUAGAGAAACUGGCAGACUCAUAUUACCAUGCAGAUCUUUUAUCACAGGCUGUUUUAGAAGACGAUGCAUUCACUCGUAUGAAAGGUGUUGUCAAGUGGUACCUUUCAGGUUUCUAUAAGAAGCCUCAAGGUCUGAAGAAACCAUAUAAUCCAUUAUUAGGAGAGACGUUUAGAUGCUAUUGGCAACAUCCCAAUGGCUCACGAACUUUUUACCUAGCUGAACAGGUUUCCCAUCAUCCACCCAUUUCUGGAUUUUACGUGACAAACCGCCAAGAUGGCUUUACAAUUAGCUCCACAAUAAUUGCUAAGUCAAAAUUUUACGGAAAUUCAACUUCUGCAGUUCUUGAUGGAGCAGCAGUGCUAACGAUGCUUCCACGUGGCGAGGAUUACUCUAUGACGAUUCCUUAUGCACAUUGCAAAGGAAUAGUUAUGGGUACCUUGUCCAUGGAGCUCGGUGGCAAGGUUAACAUAAUCUGCGAAAAAACAGGUUAUAAUACAGAACUAGAAUUUAAAUUAAAGCCCUUCCUUGGCGGUGCUGAACAAAUGAAUCAAGUCGUUGGACGAAUAAAGCUAGGGAAAGAGACUUUAGCUACAAUUUCUGGCUAUUGGGAUGGUCAAAUAAAUAUAACAGAUAAAAGAACAGGACAAGAAAGUGUGUUGUUUAAUUCCACUCCUGAAGUACGUCGAGCACGUCUAAAAAAAUAUACAGUACCUAUUGAAAAUCAAGGAGAAUGGGAGAGUCAAAAGCUGUGGUUAGCUGUAACCCAGGCAAUAAACAGAGAUGAUCAAAUUGCUGCUACCGAAGCAAAAACAAUUUUAGAAGAGGCUCAAAGGGAACGUGCAAAAGAACGUAAACUGCAUAAUGAUGAAUGGAUACCAAAAUAUUUUGUACAGGAUAUUAUCACGGGUAACUGGAUAUACCGACAUGCAGAUAUUCGACCGUGGGACCCACGUAAUGAUGUCGUUCAGUACGAACAUGAUUACAUCAUACGCACAAAAACUCGUCAUAAGACUCCUAUCAUGCGAACCGGAAGCAUUGUUUCUGCAGAUCCACAAUCACAGAUGCCGUUAUUACAGGCGGAGUCACGUUCAUCGUUGUCUGUUCUUAAAUCAUCUAAGCGUCAGCUAUCUAGCAAUAUGCCUUUAUCAGAAGCUGCUCAUGAUUCUGGUAGUUCUUCAGAAGCACUACACUCUGACUCAAGUCAAUCCGUAGGGAAAAGAAGGCGAUCAACUGCUCGAAUGAUGCACUCAAUUAAAGAGGUUGAAAGUCAAAUAUUAGAGCACGGUGAGAAAUUGAACCGAAUUCAACGGUCAUUAGAACAACUUGCUAUCCGACAAAGAAGCAUGAGGGAGCAAAAUAGCAAUCCAAGUAUGAUGAAGAAUUGUAUAGAUACAGUAAUUAUCAUUGCUGUCGUUUACUUCGUGCAAUAUUUUGUAAUGAUAUGGAAUCGAAACAAUACAGAUGCCAAAGAAACAUGAUCACCGACAAAUGAACUGUCGUUGGAUUAAAAGUACUUCUUGAAAUUUCUCCACUCUGCUCAGUUGUUUGGUUUCUUUAAAGUAUAUAUAAAUAUAUAAAAAGGGUAAAGACAAGAAAGGCAUAUUGUACUAUUAAGUGUAUAAUUGAAUCAGUCUUGUAAACUACGCACUGUGGCAUAUUUAUUGCAUAAUCGUGUUUUUUCGUACAGUUAUAAGUCCAAUUGAAAGGUUAAUAUCAGUAUGAUGUAUAUAUAUAUAUAUAAUUUAAAGAAGGACACUCGAUCCUCGAAAAAUGAUAUAUAUUCAUAUACAUAAUGUUUAUAAUUAAUUUUAUGGCUUGACCACUCUUGAAAUAUGUUCUGAGUGAAGCUAUCGAUCUAAUGGAUUUUUAUGUUUCGUUUUGUUUCUGUUUAUUGUCGCUUUUUUAAUUUGUCAGGGAUUGUAAGAAGAACUGAACAUUUUUAAUAAUUACAAUUAUUAAUGAUAAUCAUCGCAAUAGUGAUAUAAAUUUUUAUUGAUAAUAAUCAACUAAAUCAAUAGAUAUUAUUUUAUUCAAUUAAUUUUUUAAAACGAUAACUAUACUUUUUUAUACAAAACUAUUACGAGUCAGUGUAGUCACUAAUAUUAGGACAAUGAUGAAAAAUAUAUAUUAUUAAAUAAUUAAAUUGUUCACAGUACCUAAAUUAGAAUAAUAAAUGCACCGAAUAGGUAAUAUUGUUAUAAAUUGACAGAAAAUAGAAGUGUUUGCUGUUUAUAAGAUUUAUAACUUGAAUACUGCUGUUAUCGGUGUCUAUAAUAUAUUAUAAACUUUUUUUUUUUUUUUGAUGUCAUGUAGCUCACUAUUAUUUCUUCAAACUCUACUUAGUUUUGUUAAAACUUUCCAUAACAAUAUUACCAGGGUAUGUUAAAAAAUAGCUUGUCAAUAGGUUAUAGUGGCUUUUACAAAAAUGAAUCAUGAUACAGAGUAUUUCUGAUAUAUUAGUGAUAUAAUUGUAAUCAUAUGGUUGCUUAUUAGACCAAAAGUUGAUCAUUCCACUAUAAAAUGACGUCCUAUAACAGCUAUACUGAUUUUUUCCAUAUUGUGAGAUUUUAUACAAGCACUUGAUUAUUUAUUCCAAUUAUAAAUAAAAUAAACUAAUAAAAAUAAGAGAGAUCGAA